AUGUUUGAAUCCUGGGACCAUCCAAAUAGGCCUUGCUGCGGCAUAUGCGGUGGUCUGAUUGUUCCCGGGGCGAGCAGAUUCCCUGGGAACUUUCCAGGUUGGACUGAAGAUGAGCAGUUCAAACGAGUUUCAGUGGAUGAUUUUCGAGAGAAAUUAAUAAAAGAACAAUUUCAUUGGCAGUCAGGAUAUAGAGCUGUGGUCAAGUUAGGAAGACAACCUCCCUUCAUAUCAGGAGCGAGCUAUCGUUACAGUGACGCCGAUAUAGACGAGACAGGGUCACUCCCAGUGCCCAAGGAGAUGGAAUCAGUGGUCCUCAAUCGAAAUAAAACAUGGCCAGAGGACGAAUUCAUCCGGAUUGAAAAACCACAUAUUGAUUCAUACGAUACCUCAGAGGCAAAUGUGGGCUGGGUUUUUCACGAGGUGUGUUGGAUCAUGUUGGAGCAGGUCGAUGAUGACUACCAGGUAAUGAACAAUAAUCUGGAUCUGUUCAUGAUCGCCGUGCACGACGAGAUGACGGAGAAGCGAGAAGAGCAUACCAAGCUCAUAAUUCGCGCGGGAAGAAACACGAUGUGGUUACAGAGGCGCUUCAAAGAAGCCACCGUCAAUCCCUUUCAUAUCCCUAUGUUGGGGAAUGUCACCAACGCCGCUCUUAAUCGAGAAGUCCGCGAACCAAAACUCUUGAUGCCCGACAUAAGAUCAGCAGCCGGCUUUAGAAUAUCUGGCGGAGCUUUUUACAAGCUCCAAGUGGAGACCCAGCAAAUGAUUGCCAACCAUAUCGACGACGAGAAAGACUUUCGCGCUUUUCUUCUGGCAACUCGAUGGAGAUUCCCGUCUGUAUACUGGAGGAAGCGAAUCCCAGAGUGUUUCUAUGAAAUACACAAGGGAAUUGGUGACCAGCGGGUUGACUGGCAGUGGUUGGGGUUGGAAGUCAGCAGGAUCGUGGAGAAGCAGUAUGCGGAAAUCCACAAUCGAGCUCGUAUAUAUGCCCACAUAAAGCGUUUAUUCGUUAUUUUAUCGCAAGGUGUGAGAUAG